GAGAAGAAAACACAGAAGCGAAACUCGUACCUAAGAUGUUGGGGGGGGUUUCCACGCACGUACCCGUACCCCUAUCUUCUUCUCCUUCUUCUUCCUUUGAAUAAAACCCACAAAACUUUCCCUUGUCUCUGUGUCAGCCCUCUCCUCUCCAAGAAAAUGCAAAUCUCAAAAUUCCCCCCUUCAGCCUCUAUUUGCAACAGGCCAACAAAAACCCUAGAAAACUAACCACCUUCUCUCACCAUAACCCUCGAUCUUCCCUCUUUUUCCCUCAGCCCUUGAGACCAGAAAUGACCAAGCCCCCCCUUUUUUUUUACCCGUUUGCUGCUGUUUUUCUGACAACCAUGCCUGCCUUCUUCAUGAAAAAGCAAAGGACAGGCUUGUCUUCAUUCGGUGGCGUCUGAAGGGUGGGGCCAUCGGAGCAAGAACGGCGACAGGUGUGAGGAACCGACGGGAGGUGGAGGCAGAGUCGGGGGACCCAAUCCCGUUCUACGUUUUGCUAUCCCUUUUAUUGUUUUUUUGGGGGUGGUGAGUGUUAGGAUUUUUAAAAUGAAGGGGCUUGGGUUUUUAAUGAAGAAUGUGCCUAGUU